UCUUCGGGAGCCGGAACCGGUGGCCUGCAGCCCGGGCUGUGACCACUAGACUACCCUGCCUCCGGGCACGCUCAGAGCCAAGCGAUGAGCCUGGGCCUGCCUUUGCCCCCGGCCCCACAGUGGGCCCGGGAAGCCUCACGCGCGGACCCAGACUGGCCCCCUCCCAGAGUGACCUUUCCCGUUGCACCAUUCGAGGAAGUCCCUGCACUCGGGCCAAGAUCUGAAGCGAUCGCCCCACCCUCGCUGAUCCCUGAGCCCAGGGCCACAAACCACACCCUCUGCACCCAGCAGCCUGGCGGCCAGGCCCAGCCCGUUUUCUGGAAGCUGGAUUCCGGAGAGGGGGCUGGUUUCUCCUGGACCCUGUGCCUUCCGUCAGUGGCCCAAGAACGAGGAGUCAGAGUGGGGUCUUGCCCUGGGCUGCCCCCCCACCCUGGCCAGCGAGUGUGAGCGGGGCGGGACCGGACAGUUUAUAAAACCCUUUCCCAGCCGGCUGUGCCGUCAUUUGCGUGAGCUCCUCCUCGAGGUUCCCCCUCCGUCCAUUUUCAUCGCAGCAGUUCCAGGGCUCUCCAGGUCACGGGCAUGAUGCUCCGGGUUCUGGUGGGGGCCGUCCUCCCCACCAUGCUGCUGGCCGCUCCACCGCCCAUCAACAAGCUGGCGCUGUUUCCGGACAAGAGUGCCUGGUGCGAGGCCAAGAACAUCACCCAGAUCGUGGGCCACAGCGGCUGUGAGGCCAAGUCCAUCCAGAACAGAGCGUGCCUAGGCCAGUGCUUCAGCUACAGCGUUCCCAACACCUUCCCGCAGUCUACAGAGUCCCUGGUGCACUGCGACUCCUGCAUGCCGGCCCAGUCCAUGUGGGAGAUUGUGACGCUGGAGUGCCCCGGCCACGAGGAGGUGCCCCGGGUGGACAAGCUGGUGGAGAAGAUCGUGCACUGCAGCUGCCAGGCGUGCGGCAAGGAGCCGAGUCACGAGGGGCUGAGCGUCUACGUGCAGGGCGAGGACGGCCCGGGCGCCCAGCUGGGCACCCAUCCCCACCCUCACCCCCACCUUCACCCUCACCCCCACCCUGGCGGGCAGACCCCUGAGCCUGAGGAACCCCCGGGGCCCCCCCACGCUGAGGAAGAGGGGGCUGAGGACUGAGGCCCCUGACUCUUCCUCCCCUCUCAUCCCCCGUGGAAUGCUGGGGGAUGUGUGUGGGGAGAGGCCGAAGCCCCCCUUUGGCACUGGAUGGACUUGGACUUGGAAUGCUUCCCAGUUGCCAUGGAGAUCUGCAGGGAGGGGUUGGAGCCAAGCUGCACAAUUUAAUAUAUUCAAGAGUGGUGGGGGGAGGAAGCAGAGGUCUGCAGGGUUCUUUUUCGGAGAAGGGGAUUCCCUUCCUUUCUGCCUCCUGCAGAUGUGCCCUGGGGAAGGGGAGGAAGUUGGCUAAGCUGCUGAGGUGCGGGUGAGGCCAUCCAAGAUGGCGGGAGCCAGGCUAAGGCCCACGCGGCCUCUGGUGGGGCAGGGCCCCUGGGGUACAGGGGUGGAGCUGGGCACUGAGCAGAGGGUGGGUACCUCGCCAGCAGCGGCCCUGAAGGAGGCCAUGGGUCCGGGCUAGGAAGGCCACUGGCUAAAGCAGGGAACUCCAGCCUGUGCCCCACAGGCUUCUCCAGAGGCCGCUCACCCCAGUCCCAUGCUAGGGCAGCUCCUCUGCAUGGUCCCGUGGUGGCCGCCCCCUCCCUGGUUGGGAGUCAGGCCUGGGCAGGACCCUGCUGACUCGCGGCCCUGGAGCCAGGGGCUAGGCUCUUGGGGCCUCUGGCUUUCUCAGCUUCCCAGGGGAGGGAGGAGAGGGAGGGCCCUUCCUGGGCUAGGGCAUGGCAAUGACCCCUCCCCCCAACCCUCAUUGCCACAAAGAGCAUCCCUCCCUCCUGUCUCAGAUCUCAGUGCCCCCCACUGCCCCCAAGUUCCAGGCCCCUCAGAAAGCCAAUGGAGCCAGCCGCACCCUGUUGGGGGAACUCUUUCUAAAUAUCUGGUUUGUGGAGGGGUCACCGUGGCUCAGAUUCCGAGGAGGGGCCUGGGUGGGAUGGAUACCGGCUAAGCCUCAAGAAACAAGGAGGAGGAGCGAGGGCUUCCAUGCGUUCACCGUGUUCACUGUGUUCACCGUGGCUGUCCAGCUGCCCGAUCCCACCGGCCUCCCCCCUCCCACUGCACUUUAACCCUGGAGGGGGUGAGGGAUCCAGACCAGGGCGGGAAGCACCGCCUAUGUCUGCUUUCCUGCCCCAGGCAGCUUCCAGCCCCACCAGCCUCCUGCCGGGAGCUGCCCCGCCUGUCACAGCUGUUCCGACGAGAGCUUCUGGAGCUUGUAACCAGUAGAUGGUCUCCCUGACAGACCCUGAGUUUUCUCACGAAUAAAUUCGUUCAGCGCC